AUGCUGUCGCCUCAACUGCUUCAGCCAGUUCGACAACGACUCGAGCCUCAGCUGGUAGGCUUUCUGCUCAAAAGCAUUCUCGCCUCCCUACCUCACUCUGGUCGUCGCCAUUCCGACCUCGACCUCGACCUCCGGAUGUCCAGUUAUCCCUCGCGCCAACCAUACACGAACAUUCAUCAACUCGUCUCUCCCGCAGUCAGUCUCUUCGGCCUCUCCGGUUGGACAAUAGAAUCCCCAUCCUGA